AUGACUCUAAGAGCCAUCGACCACGCGAGAAGUGGCAGCUCCAUCAUCUACAAGCUUGCACGAUCGCCCAGGAAAAGCAUAACAAGCACAAGGAGCUUCGCCAGCUCGGCCACCCGAUGGCAAAUAACGCACUCCACGGACGUCCUCAUCGUCGGCUCCGGAGGUGCCGGGCUUUCUGCCGCUCUACGAUGUCAUAUGCAUGGUCUGCGACCUUUGGUGAUCGAGAAAUCUGACAAGCUAGGCGGCACGACAGCUUGGUCUGGAGGCGGCCUCUGGGUGCCCAACAACGAACAGCACAAGAGCCGCGGUGUCCAAGACAGCGAGGAGCAGGCGCUCGAGUACCUGAAUGCACUCAUCGGCGAUGUCGGCCCUGCAUCAACGCCAGAGCGCCGGCUUGCUUAUGUGCGCAAUGCGAGCAAGGUGGUCGACCAGCUCUCCAGUAUGGGCUGCAGAUGGGUCCCAACAGUUGGUAUGCCCGAUUAUCAUUCGGACCUGCCCGGCGCCCUGGAGGAUGGGAGAAGCAUAGAGCCGGCGCUUGUGAAUGCGAAAGAGCUAGGUGCCUGGAAAGACUUCUUGCGGCCGCCUUCCAUCUUCGCUGGGCCACCUAUGCACAUCUACGAGGGAAUUGUGGCUGCCAAGAUCACGUCGUGGAGCGGCAUCUCGAUGCUCUUGAAGAUAUUGGUCCGGUGGCUUGGCCACAGAGUCAUGGGUCGUGAUCCGGUUGCGUUGGGGCAGGCACUAAUUACCCAUCUCCUGAAAGCCAACCGUGACCGCGACACCGAGAUCUGGCGCUCUACAGUCAUGCAAAGCUUGAGUCUCGACGAAAGUGGCGCUGUGACCGGCGCCAUCGUCGUACGGGACGGUGAAGACGUCCGUGUCGACGCGAAGUCCAUAGUCCUGUCCGCAGGUGGCUUCGCCAAGAACGACGAAAUGCGCAGAAAGUAUCACCAGCAGCCUACCGACGCCGCUUGGUCCUCUGUGACGCCCAAUGACACGGGCGAGGUCAUCCAGGCGGGUAUCGACAUCGGUGCCGCAACCGCGCUGAUGAGUGAAGCGUGGUGGAAUCCCACCUUCCUCAACCCGGUCAAUGGCGCGCCGUGGAUUAGCUUUGGCGAGCGAGGCCGGCCUGGCACCAUCAUCGUAGACUCCGAGGGUAAGCGCUUUCUAAACGAAGCCGAGUCAUACAACGACGCCGGUCGCCGUUUCUACGAGCGCGAUGGGACAGCACCUGCGAUACCAGCCUGGAUGGUCAUGGACUCCAAAUUUGCGAAGCGCAAUCCACUCUCCUUGAUUGGUCCACGCUUCCGCAAGAAGGACAGCCUGCGGACGCACUUCUUGCACGAGGCCAAGACGCUCGAGGAACUCUCGCAGAAGAUCAACGUCGACACGAGGAAUCUGCUCGCAACGGUGCAGCGCUUCAACGGCUUCGCCAAAAACGGCCGCGACGAGGAUUUCGGGCGUGGAGGCACGGCCAUGGAUCGCCUCGCUGGCGACGCUGCCGCUGCCGCAGGCCCCAACCCCAAUCUCGGGACCCUGGAGAAAGCGCCAUUCUACGCUAUCAGGAUCUAUCCCGGAGAUAUUGGUACCAAGGGCGGACUGCUGACCGAUGAGCACGCAAGGGUGCUCAACGAACGAGGUGAAGCUAUUCCAGGUCUCUACGCCGCCGGCAACACCUCCGCGUCCGUCAUGGGCAGGCACUACGCGGGAGCCGGCGCCACUAUUGGCCCAGCUGUGGUAUUUGCUGCACUCGCGGUCGACCAUGCCGCAGGCUCUCCUUGGAAGGCUUAA